AUGGCCCCUACCACAGAGACCAAGGAGUACUCCGUUGAGGAUGCUCCCCCUGCCAGUACCAGCGCACCCUCCUCUCAGAAAGCAACCAAGCAAAUGAUCUUGAUCGCUCUAUAUGUUUCGCUUGCUGGCUGGAUCUUCAACUUCGAUCUGGGCUUCGGCGGCACGGUCCUUCAGAUGGCGCCAUAUAGGAAAUCGUUCGGCCGGUGUGCUCCCAAGACCGACCUCGAGACAGGCAUCACAGCAGUGGUGUGUUCACAGACGGCGCUUCAACAGGGUCUCGUCUCCUUGACACUGCUCUUUGUCGCCUUGGGGGGCGCCAUCAGCGGCAUUACAGGCAACUACCUAGGCCGUCGAGGCACCAUGCAGGUGGGUGCCUUGUUCGCGGCCAUCGGAGCGGGAGGCAUGCUGGGCACGGCCGGAAACUUCACGGCCUACCUGGUGUGCAAGUGCAUUGGCGGGGUCGGGCUCGGCCACAUCAUCGCCGCCGCGGUGGUCUACGGAGCGGAGUGCACCGUAGCCAGCAAGCGCGGCAUGCUCCUCGCGCUGUACAACAUCGGCUUGGGCUCCGGGAACGCCGCGGCGGCAGCAGUCUGCUGGGGCUCAUCAACAUACACGCACAGCAAUCUGGCCUGGCAAAUCCCCAUCAUCUGCCAGAUUCCCCUGUCCUUCAUUUUGGGGUUCGGCGCCUUGUGCUUCCCCGAAUCCCCGCGCUGGCUGCUGACCAAAGGCCGCGAAGAGGCGGCCAGGCGAUCGUUCGCCUGGUUCUACGCCAAACCGGCCGACCACCCCGACGUGCUCCUCCAGGUGCAGGACGUGCAGCGGCACAUCGACAUGGAGCGGCUGUACGGCUCGACGACCAGCUGGACCGAGAUCUUCCACUCGUCCAACCUGCGGAGAACGGCGGUGAGCGCUUUGAUCAUGGUCGGGUUGGCCAUCACGGGAUCCAAGUUCGUCGGCCCCUACGGCGCCAUCUUCCUGGCCAAGGUCGGCAUCAAGAACGUCUUCCUCAACAAUUUCUUGGCCGCGGUGUGCACCAUGGCUGGGGCCAUCCCGGGGCCUUGGGUCAUCGAGUACGGGGGCCGCCGCUUCGCCAUGCUCUCAGGGUACACGAGCAUGACGAUCUGCAUGUUGAUCAUUGCGGUUGUGGGCUCGACGCUCGGCCAGGCAAGCAAUGCCGCCAAGGUGGUCUUGCUGGUGUUCCUCUUCCUGUGGGCCUUCUUGUUUGGCAUGUUCAUCGGCACGAGUGUCUGGAUCGCGGCGCCCGAACAGCACAACAUCCGGCUCCGGACGUACGGGCAGGCGUCGACGACAACGGUCUAUCAGAUCUUUGGCUUCGCGGCCUCCUUUUACGGGCCCUACAUGCUCAGCGCGGACUACGGCAACAUGGGCCUGACUGUCGGCUACUUCUAUGCCGGAGUGACCUUUGCGAUGCUGGUCUUGACGUUCCUGCUUGUUCCCGAGACGGCAAGACUCACGCUGGAGCAGAUCGACGAGUAUUACUUCUCUGGCAGGCCCGUGUGGAAGACGUCGACGAGCAGGAACAAGAUGAUCGCAAAAGGACAGAUCGUGGACCACUCGCCUGCGCAUGAGUACCCUGCUGGCAAGCUGGACGAGUGA